CUAAUAUCUGAAUGUAUAUCACAAUGACCAAAUGAACAAAUCGUGUUUAUAUAUUUUCCAUAUUUUUGUUAAAAAGCUAAACCUUAAAAAACAUUAUUACAUGCGAUAAAUAGAGUCUUUCAGAAAUUAAGGAUAAAGAAAAAAUGCUUGGAGAAAAAACAAUAGACGAGCUGCAAUGCUUGAAGAGAGAGCUGAAAGCUUGGGAAAGCAUGUUUGAGCGUAAACAUGCUAGAAAACCAAAUAAGGAUGAUGUGAAUAAUGCCUCAGAAGAAAUCAGAGAAACCUAUAUGAAAUAUAACCAACUGAAAAGGGGUACCAUUGAUACAAAGAAAACACUUGUUAAACUAAAGGAAAAGGAAGAUGUUGAGGAUGAGAUAUUUGGGAAAAGUCUUAACAAAAGUAGCACCCCUGUGUCAGCAGAGAAAUCUGUUAGGCUUAAAAAGAUAUCACCUAGUGACUAUAAACCAAUAAAAUUAUGUCAUGGUCAAAGAAAAGCUAAGUCAUCACCCAAGUCAUUAUUACCCAACAAAAUAAAAACAGAUUUCAUGGAAAGUAAUGUUGAAGAAGUCAAGCUGAUUUAUACACCAACAAGAAAGGUCGAUAGCACAACAGAUGAUCUUGGUUUUGAUAUCUCAACUAGUGCAAAGAACAAUUUUUUCAACAAGCCCGGAAUGAUGUUGGGAAAGACUGCCCUUGCGAAGCGUAUGAAACGACGGUCAGCUCUAACCAGCGAUUGGCUAGAAAAUAGCCAAUUAGGAUUAGCUGAUGACAGUCCGAAUGAACCCAAGCCAGCUCUGAAUCAGAACAAUUUUGAUGAAUGUGAUACCUUUGAAAAUGGAAGCACUUUAAAAAGCGACCUUAUUGGUGAAUUUGGAGAUGGUAAUUGUACAGGUCCCAAUGGGUUGAAUGAUGGGAAAAUUACCACCCAAAAUAUUGAUUCCAUGUCAGAUACCAAAAACACCAUUGAACAAACCAAGACUUCUCUGGAUAGAACUUCAAAUGAAUGGAAAAAUUUGAAAAGUGGUAUAUCAAAUGAAGUGAUAUUGGAAACCAACGGUAAUACGGAUUCAUCAUUUGGUUGCGACACUUGUUUGAUUCCUGGUGGCACAAAAACGGGAAAGUCUUCGAGCAUAAAUAGUUUCACCACCAUUUCUUCAUCUAACAAAAAUACCGAUUCUUCAUCAAUGGUUGAAACUUCCCGAUCAUCAAAAACCGAUGAUAAUGCUGCACUACCUUCGAAUAUUGCCAAUAAUACCGAUUUUCCGUCAAAAGGGCAACUUUUUAAAUUACAAACUAUGAAACGAAAAAGAGUUAAUGCGACGGAGGAAGUUUCAGCGAAAGAAAAUCUGGAACCCUCUACAGGAGAUGACUUGCAGGUGAAGCUAUCAAAGAAGAGGAAAAUAUCUGAUGAUUUAAACAAAGAAGGAGACUUGGAAGAGGUCGGAGAUUUGGAAGGAAACGAUGAAAUAAGUGGACAGAGUGAGGAUGAACAAUCACAGACGAGUAACGCCGACCAGAGAAGCGGUUCAAAGAGAUCGUCCGGGUUGGUGAGCGAAAACUUUCGUGCGCUAAACUUGAAAGUUCGACGAUUCAGUCGUCGUGGUCAGGGUACAAAUUACGGCGCUUACAAACGCAAGAUGUGGAAACAGAAACAACAGGCAAAUGAAAAAGCGGAUAACAAGAAAGCGUAUUGGAAGAAAAACACGAGCAAUGGCGGUGGAAAUAAGAGACGUAUAAGCAGCACAACAACUACGACGUGUUUCAAAUGUGGGGAAGAUGGACAUUGGGCCAAGGAUUGCCCUAGGAACAAGCCAGUGAGAGCUCCAAUUCCCGCCGAAAAUUGGUCCGAACCAGUGAAAGCUCCGGCAGAUUUGGAGAUCGCUGAUGAACAAUGGGAAGCUACAGAAGAGAAAUUGAAAUGCUUGGUCUCAGAUCGUUUACCACGUGCUCAUGACACACCUGGUCAAGCUCCUCCAGCGAUUGAGCCUCUUUACCAACCCGAGAAUGGCCAACCCAUCGGCACACCCCAGGAAGUGUAUAAAGCACUGAAUAAAUUGGGAUUUGAUACAUUUCGUUGUGGGCAGGAGGAAGCGAUCAUGCAGAUCUUAUGCGGCUUGUCAUCAUUGGUUGUGCUCUCAACUGGAGCUGGAAAGUCAUUGUGCUAUCAGUUACCUGCCUAUAUGUACAGCAGGCGUUCUCCUUGCAUUACGCUAGUCAUAUCACCACUUGUCUCUCUAAUGGAGGAUCAGGUGGUUGGUCUUCCAUUUGGUCUGCACGGGGUCAGCCUAAACACGAAUAUGACAAAACCGCAACGUCUAAAAGCUGUCGAUCAAAUCUGUUCCGGCAAAGUAGCUGUGGUUUUGGUUUCCCCCGAGGCUCUGGUAGGAGGGAGUUCUGCUGUGGGGUGUCUACCUCACCCCAGCAAGUUGCCACCGAUAGCGUUUGCCUGUAUAGACGAAGCUCAUUGUGUCUCUGAGUGGUCGCAUAACUUCAGGCCAUCGUAUCUUCGGGUUUGCAAGGUUUUACGUGAACGGUUUGGUGUGCGAUGUUUCCUGGGACUGACUGCCACUGCUACUAGAUCAACGGCGUUAUCGGUAUGUGAGCACCUGGGGAUCGUUCACCGACCGGAGGCCAUCGUCCGUGGGGCAACAAUACCCGAAAAUCUCAAUUUAUCCGUCUCUUGUGAUUUAAACAAGGAUAGGGCUAUCCUUGAACUGCUACAAGGCUCGCGAUUCAGUGGCUGUGAUUCUAUCAUUAUUUACUGCACCCGUCGAGAACAGACCGAGCGACUGGCGACCUACCUCAGGACUUGUCUUCAGAAGAAUCCGAUGAACACAAGCAGUUGCAUCACGGAUCAAAAUGAAGGUGAUGAUGAGAUAGAAAAAGAAGACAAGAAGAAACGGGGAAGGAAAAGAAAGUCCGAAGCAGCAAAAUCAAAAUCCGGUAAGAAGUCGAUAGCUUGGCAUGCCGAAUGCUACCAUGCCGGCCUCUCCGGUGCACAGAGAAAGAAAGUGCAGAAGAAAUUCAUGGCUGGCGAGCUGCGUAUCGUUGUUGCGACCGUCGCAUUUGGCAUGGGAUUGGACAAAGCCGAUGUUCGUGCUGUUAUUCAUUAUAAUAUGCCUAAAAGUUUUGAAAGCUAUGUUCAAGAAAUUGGACGCGCUGGAAGAGAUGGUUUACCUUCCCAUUGUCACGUUUUUAUUGAUCCAGAGGGCAAAGACGUUCGUGAGCUCCGCCGACACGCGCAUGCCAGUACAGUUGACAGGAAUACGAUCAAGAAACUUGUGCAUCAGAUAUUUCCCACAUGCGACUGCAAAACACUGCAUGCUAACAUGAAAAAAAAGCGUGACAAUGAACUUAGUCAGCUCAGGGAAUCAGCUGCAGGUGGCUGCAGGUCGAACAGCGUUCCAGAUCAAAUUUCUGAUUGGUUCGAUGGUGACGAUGGCGACAUCGUUGAUCACGUGAUCGAGUUCGAGAGUCAGAGCCGCAAGGGACUAGGAGCGAGUGGCGAAGAUAUUGUAGAGGAUGGUAUGGGAGACAUUAUCCCCCAAACAGACGCCAAUUCCAGACAGAAUGCGGCUGAUGUUGAUAGCACUAAUAGUAAUGAUAAAGGCAAAAUUGUUGCCCCGGAGAAUGACGUCACGAUUGAUAAUGACAUCACGGAAGGUAAUGACGUGACAAACAAUAUUGUUGCUGAUCAUGCUAACGACGGCAGGUCCGAGGUUAUGGACUCUCAGACGGAAGAAAGCCAUGACAAUUCAAACCGUGUUUGUGGUGGCCACGAAGUGGCAAUACCGAUUGCAAAGGCCGUGGAACAACUGGACAUGAAGGAAGAAGCCAUUGAAACCCAACUAUGUUACCUCGAGUUACAUGCAAAACGUUGGGCUCGGCUUCUGAAAUCCGUUCGCUCCACGUGUACGCUAAAGUUCUACGGCGGUCCCGCCCAUUUACAUUACGUCGCCCAACGGGUUCCCAUAGUAACCGCUGCGGUGGCGUACGUCCGCAAGCGUGGAGAGUUUAAGCGCAACACGAGCAGUUUGACUUUCCCGGUUGUGGAAAUCGUCGACGGGAUGGGCUGGGAUUUGGAACCGGUCAGACGGGAAUUGUACGGCCUGCAAUGGAACGAGGGCUUGAGGCUAGCUGGGGAAACUGGUUUGUCGAGCGGUCAUUCCGGUAUCAUUGUCGAGUUUACUGAUCUGGCGUUCCAUCUUCAAGCACCUGGGGAUUUAACGGGCGAGGAGAGAGAUGAGGUUUGUGAUUUUCUUGAAGAUCGCAUCAUGGCACAAGAACGAAGCCAGUUGGCUCAGCUUUAUAAUGUGUGGUCAACAUUUAAUGCGAGAGCCCAUCCGAACUGCUGGGAAAGCGCGGAGGAAUGCGACAAAGAUGUGGACAGUGUCUUAAAAUCCAUCAUAAAAGCGUACUUUGAGAGCAAAAACGACGCCACGAAAUUGCAGCUGGAAGCACUCUCCACAGCCCGGAAAAACUCGGAGUUCCUCCAGAGCGUUAUCCCGACCGAAGAGCCUGUUAACUGGGACGCAGUCUCACGUGAUGUACGUUCGUUUAUCACGAGUCAUGGCGAUCUGGAGCUUUCUGGCCGUGCUAUCGCACGCGUCUUUCACGGCAUUGAUAGUCCAUGUUUUCCAGCGUCAGUUUGGGGCAGAGAGCGAAGAUACUGGAGACGACAUCUCGACGUGGACUUUAACUUACUACGUAAGUGUGCCACGAAAGAAUUGGUGAAAUUUAGGUAGUGCAUGAGUAUAUCCAUUCGCAAGUUCAAUAUUCAGCAUGGUUGCAUCAUAGCCUUACCUGCAAACGGGCAUAUCCUGGAACGAGGCUGCACCACGGAUAUAUUUGGUUGGGUAUAAUGUGCAUAUGUAUUAUAAAAAUAAGGGAAUAUGAAAUCAGCUUUAGCAUUCGUUAAGCUACUUCGAGUUCUGUACAGCCAAUUUUUCUACAAGCUAAUUUUUGCAAAAAUUGGGGUUUAACUACCUCCAACCCAACGAAAACUUGCAAGGCAAUUAUGCAAUUGAUCAGAUCACACUGAAUU